CUCCAAUAUCAAUUCGGAUUUGCCCGUCACUCCUGUCGUCUUGUCGACCCUUAUCGACACCUUGUUACUUAUUAUUAGCGUUUUGGUAACAUAUAGAAGUUUGUCGUAUCAUCGUACAAAGGUAAAAGUAUUUUCCAUUAGAUUAAAAAGUUGCAUUAAUGCUGCUAAAAAGGAAAAUACGAGGAUUGAAAGUAUGAAUUUUACGGAAAAUUCGGAUAAACAGGUUAUCAUAGAUGAUCGACUACAGCAUUUUAUUGAGACUGAGACGAAGAAGCAACAAUUUCAAGGGUUGGUACAUGAACUAACAGGUAUCUGCUGGGAGACUUGUAUGGAUAAACCAUCACCACGUCUAGAACCUAAAGUCCAUAAGUGUCUUGUGAAUUGUGUAGAAAGAUUCAUUGAUACUACUAAUUAUAUCACAAAUAGAAUAGAACGUAUAGCAACAAAUUUACAACCCGAAUCAGAUAGUAUAGAAUGA